AUGACAGUGGUCACUGUAUUCCACCUGGUAGGGUUUCAGAUUCCAGAAAAUAUAAAAUUUUUGAUCUUUUUUCUCUUUCUUAUGAUUUAUUGUGUCACAAUAUGCGGAAACCUCCUGAUCAUCACGCUGGUAUCCUACAGCAAAACCCUCCAUUCUCCCAUGUACUUUUUCCUUGCUCAGCUAGCUAUGUCAGAUAUGUUAUUAUCAACUGAUGUUCUUCCUAACACGCUCCAUACUGUUUUGGCGGGAAACACUAUUAUAGUCUCAUUUACUGAUUGUUUUACCCAGUUUUACUUUUUUGCUGCUACAGAAACAGUGGAGAGUCUUUUUCUCACAGUGAUGUCUUACGACAGGUAUUUGGCCAUCUGUAAACCACUGCAUUAUCCGUUGUUAAUGAACCACCGGCUUUGCUGGACGAUGAUCGCCACAUGCUGGACUUUAAGCUUUGUAACACAAUCUCUUCACACUUUUUCUGUAUCAAGGUUACACUUUUGUGGCAAUGUAAUUGAUCACUUUUUCUGCGAUCUUGACCCGAUCCUCCACCUCUCCUGCUCUGAUACCACCAUCGUUCAACUAGAAACUACAGCGCUGAGUGCAGUGUUUGCUGUAAUUCCAUUCAUUGUCAUCAUUGUAUCAUAUGUUUAUAUUAUAAUCACCAUUUUCCAAAUCCCGUCUAUUACUGGGAGGCAAAAAGUAUUCUCAACAUGCAGCUCCCACCUGACUGUUGUGUUCAUAUUUUACGGUACCAUUGUUUGUAUUUAUUUGGUACCUAAAAGAGUACAGUCAUGGAAUGUCACUAAACUAGUGUCAUUGCUGUAUACUGUGGUUACUCCACUGCUGAAUCCAAUGAUAUACAGCCUGAGGAACAAAGACCUAAAAAACGUUGUAGGAAAAAGUGUCAGAAUGUUUUUGAACUUGGAUGUCAGUAGGCAUCAAAACGUACAAAUGACUUAA